GGCGUAUCACUGUCGGAGUACAUGUCCGAUUGUAUUACAUCCGCUCAGCACAGCAGCCGUUUCAUGAGCUUCGUUCAACAGUGUAUUCUGCUCAUUUUCUAAUGUGUAACUAUUUGGCCUUCGUGGUUUAGUAGGCGUUUAUAUAAAAUGAAGCUAUAUCAUAUCAGACACCUUUGGGGAAUGUUGCAAACCACAAAAAUAUCAGAAAAGGUGUCCUGCUGCGGUAAUAAACAACGAUUUUCAAGUAGCUUGGUCUCAGGUGACAUCGGGAGGUUUAUCGUGGAGAAUACAGAGAUUGUUGGAGAGGACUCCUUGACACCAGAGAUCAAGUUGAGGUUGUUGACGGCUAAAUGCAGAUUUUGGCAUGCAAACCCAGUACUGUGGCCUCUCCCUGACCCCUACUGGGCGAUAUAUUGGCCCGGGGGACAAGCUCUUGCUAGAUAUUUGCUGAAUAACCCUGGAGUUGCUAAAGGCAAGAGGGUACUGGAUCUUGGAAGUGGUUGUGGAGCUUCAGCCAUUGCUGCAAGCCUUUGUGGAGCAUCUCACGUAGUAGCAAACGACAUUGACAACGUUUCUGCCAUUGCCACCAUCAUAAACUGUGAACUGAAUGGUAUAGGGCCAGUUGAAUGUUUGAGUGACAACAUGAUUGGCUCACAACCCAAGCACUAUGACCUAAUUUUGUUGGGAGACAUGUUCUACGAUGAGGCCCUCGCUGAUGGACUUCACCGGUGGUUGGACAGCUGCAUAAACGCCCACGGAACCACAGUCCUAAUAGGAGACCCCGGGAGAGCCUCUUUUGAGGAGCACGACAUUAAAAGACUCCUACAGCAAAUAGCCGAGUUUGAGCUCCCUAAAUCUGUGCAAAUGGAGAAUUAUGGACUGACAUGUAGUACCGUUUGGCGCUAUCAUCCUAAAUUGUCAACAAUUUAGGAUUUGUAUAUUUAAAACAUGCAAAUGUCAGAAUGUGAGUUUUUAAUGUGAAAUGUUAAU